ACUUUAUUCGUGGUCUCAUGCUUCGUAGGAUCAUAUGUUUUGCAGCAUCACACAGUUUAGAGGUUAAGUUUGUUUUCGCGACAACAAUUACAACUAAUGUCAUUCAUGUCAGACUUUAUAUUUGCGGAGGAUAGCACGAUUACGAAAUUGGCACCGUCACUGGAGAGUAUAUUAAGGGAUUUAAAAGAGAAUGUCACACACCAUGAUUAUUUAGUUGCCUUGCUGAUAGUAUUUUUAGCAGAGUACGGAUUUCAGGUUUCAACAUCUGACGUAUGUGACUCGCAACGACUGAAUCUGAGAUCCUUGCGGAUACCAGAAAACUGGAAGUCGAAGGACACUAAAGCCUAUGACAUGCGUUUCCAUUUUGUGGCUGCUCCUAAUGUCACGUGCAAAUUGGUUGCAGUUCCAUCGGGUGAUUUAUUGAUCGUUAACUUUUAUCCUCUAAUAGACCGUGGAAAAACUUAUUCUAUAUGCGUACAAAGUUUGAAGUAUAUCAAUCCUUUCUCUAGCGACCUUUGUGGUCGAUACAGAAAUCUCAAAGAAAUAUCUCUCAGGUUCAAAGACUCGCUAGCAAAUCCAGUGCGUAUAGACGUAGCGACCAGGGAAGGAAUAGUUGUUCCAAGCUUACAGAGUCUACCAAUCGAAUUGAAGAUCAGGAUCAUGAAUCUAUUGAAUCCUCAUGAUUUAUCACAAUUAAUAGAAGUCCUCGCCAGACUUUCUUGAGGAUUGAAUACAAAGGAGAUGUUACAGACGGUUAACAGUUCUGUCAGUUUUAUUUUUAUCCAUAAAAAAGAAUACUUUCACAAAAUAUAAAUGUUUCUAUCGUCCACUGGUAGGACUUUUGGAUCCAUGUGUAGAACUAUUUUUCUGUACAUAUAUUAAACGACAUGAUAUAAUUUUUCAAACG